AUGAAGGCUUUCGACGGCCCGUCGGUGUUUACUGUUUUUCUAAUCAAGACAACAUGUAAGCUAACGAGUUGCUUCUCGAUAUCUGUUGGGGACUCUCACAUCCUCCAUCGAUCCUUUUCCGAAGAGCCAGCCAAGGUCGUCUCCGGUCAUGGAAUCUACCUCUUAUUAGAGAAUGGAAAGCAGGUCAUUGAUGCCGCCUGUGGCCCUUCCGUAUCCUGUCUAGGCCAUUCCCAGCCGGAAAUCACCGAUGCCAUCACAGGCCACCUGAAGAAUAACAUCGCCUACGUCUACUCCGGCUCGCCGUAUACGAAUGAGGCGACGGAGGUACUUGCGCGGAUGCUUCUGUCCCACCGACCCGGCGGCCUGUCGAAAGCCAUCUUCGUCAAUUCGGGAAGCGAGGCAACAGAUGCCGCGCUCAAGUUGGCUGUGCAGUACUGGCACGAGCAAGGCCAGCCGCAGCGGACACAUUUCAUUGCGCGCAAGCAGAGCUAUCAUGGGAACACGAUCGGUGCGCUCUGUGUGUCUGGUCAUGAAUCUCGGAGAGCAUUCUAUAAGGAUUUCAUGUCGUCCAAUGUCUCCUUUCUGGACCCAUGUUAUGCCUAUCGGAUGAAGGGUGACAAUGAGUCAGAUGAGGUGUUUGCCCAAUGGCUUGCUCGGCAGUUCGAAGAUGAGAUUCUGCGUGUUGGGCCUGAACGGGUCGCUGGUUUUGUAGCGGAAACUGUCAGCGGGACUACUCUGGGGUGCUUGCCUGCGGUGCCUGGAUAUUUUAGAGCGGUUCGAGAGAUAUGCGAUAGGUAUAGCAUUUUGUUAAUCCUCGACGAGAUCAUCUGCGGUAUGGGCAAGACCGGAACAAUGCAUGCAUGGGAGCAGGAGGAUAUUCGCGGACCGGAUAUCCAGACCAUCGGCAAGGCCCUGGGAGCUGGGUUCGUCCCGCUUCCCGGGGUGUUGCUUCACCAGAAGAUCUUUGAUGUGCUGGCCGCUGGCUCGGGGGGUUGGCACACGGCCAUGCAUUCCAGGUACUAUCUUUCUUCGAGUCGAUUGAUCGAUCAUGUUGAGGGUUGA